AUAUAACGGAGUUAAGCCUACCCUCCAACUUCGAAUGCUCCCUCCUUAUCAGUACUCCUCGCUCCACGUACACUCUCGCCUUUGAUUUCUCACGAAAACCCUAAAUCCCCAAAUUUCCCAAACCCCAUAAAACCUCAAACUUCACAGAGGAGAGAGGGUAGUUCAAAAAUCAAGGUCGUGAUUGUCUGAGAAGCACAAACCCUAGGAACAAGGAGAGAAAGUUGGCAAAUUUAAGAAUCGAGAUCCAUGGACGGAACUAGCCAACAAGAACGAAGGGACGAUGAAGAGGCUAUCAGAAAUGCAGAUGCCCUAGAGUGUAUCAAGAAGCUAAAAAUGUAUGAAGCUGCAUAUGCUUGGCGGCUGAAGGCUAAAUACUUCACUAAGAAGGCCUUCGAUGGAGGGGACAUCUUUGAUCAUGAAACGACUAUAGAUAACGAGAUUGUAAAGUCAAGCAGAUGGCCAUGUACAAGGUCAUUUGCGGAUCCAAUUCAAACAGUAGAGGAUCCGAACAGCCCUCCAUCUUCAGUUGCAGAAACCUCCAGCACUCCCACCAAGAAAACUCCAACCAAGAAGAUCUGCUAACAUCGAUCACAGAAGAAAUUGGUCUGGAAAUUACCACACUGGUCUUGGACUUUAUGCAAAAAGUAUAGAGAUGCAAAGAUUUUAAAGUUAGCGUCUCAUGAAGAAACCAUGAUUUGGAAAAAAGAAAAGAAAAUGUACCUAUUGAAAUGUAUUUCUAUUCAUAAUUUAUGUGCCAAGUUCUAAAACGGCUGAACUCUAUAUAUUUGUUCUUUUACCU